AUGACCAUCAAAGAUGUCAAAUUUGAUGCAGAUGAGGAGACUCAACUUGGAGAUCCGACUGGUUUGAGAUCAUUCGACUAUGCUCCACCGAUUAUACCAAGCAGUGUCCUUGUCAAAACACCUCUGCUACAUUUGUCUAGCUCUCUCAUUCUUGCACAAAUCACUAAAUCCUCUAUAACGAGUGCUGCACAUGCGUGCCAAUCGGUACAGUCCUUACCACAUACACUAAAGUCGGAAGGUGCAUUGAAAGACAUGCAAACGACAAAACCGACGAGGAUGCUACAUCAAGCGCAAUCACUGCCUUUGGAGGAAUCAUGUCUGAUUGUGGAAGAGGACUGUCUGCAAUACAAUGUUUCUAAAGCAUCAAUCACCCACAGAGUGCACACCCAAAUCCUGGGAUUGGAAAUGCGGUGCACUUCUAGCAUGACUUCUGAAGGUAUAAGAAGUGACGCUAACGGAGGGGUAGAGGGUGAACACAUAAUAGCGAUGACUUCCUCUGACUAUGCUGUACCUAUCUUUUCAGAUGGGUAUGUUCUGAUCGGUAACGUGCGUCAGAUAAUCCGAGAUAAUGAUCUGGCUGAUGCACCAAAGGUACUUGUUUCGCAUGCAGUUCAAACUCGAAUCAGUGUGGAAAUAUUGACAAGAAUGUUUGAGGAAGCGCAUUCACAUCCUCAGAUAACUGAAGAUUUUGUCCAAAUAAAUCUUAAACGGCAGUCAUCGCUAAUUCAAGUGUUGUCAUCAGAUGUGGAGCGCAAAUAUAAUAUUAGAGUGAAAGGAUCUCGUGUUGACGCUUUAUCUGCUCCACAAACUCUUGAAACCUAUGGUGGAAGUCCCCUCUUGCAAAAGAAUUGGCAAUUUAUUUCAAUGACCCCUUCUGAAGAAGUUAAGCGUGUAUCUGAUCAUGGCUCACUAAAUCAGCUAAAAAGAUACAGAGUAACGAGUUCGGCAAGUGUUAAUACUCAUCCACCUUCUCUACAUAUCUCAAUCCCUCUUAGUACCACACAAAAAUCCAAAUCUUCUGUAACCACUGCUGCGCAAACGUCUAAAGAAGUUAAACCAUUAAAGCAACUAGCUCUGCAGAAGCAGCAGACUCCGGCACCACUGCAAGUCGAACCAAUAUUUGUAGGGAAAUCGUGUCAGAUUGGAACAAAGGACAGUUUUCAAUGUUUUGUUUCGAAUGCACCGACCACUCUCAGCACCUGCACCCAAACCGUGGGAUCCAAUCUGGUAUGCAUUUCUACUAUGACUUAUAAAUGCGUCAGAUGUGCCAAUGAUGGAGGAUUGCAAUGUAAAAUGUUAAGAGCGAUUUGCUUCCCGAGCUGCGGUCCACUUACCAAUUCAACUAGACUUGCUUUCACUGAUAGAGUGUACCAGACGACCCACGAUAAUCGCAUUCAAGUUGGCAUACCUAAGAUGCUUAAUUCAUGUUCAGUUCAAACUCGAAUUAGUGUGGAACCCCUGACAAGAGCGCUUGAGAAUGCACGACUCCAUCAUCCUGGAAGUGAAGGUUCUACCAAAGCUGACCAAAAAUUGUAUGUCACACCAAUUCAAUUUGCAUCCCCUGAUGAGGUUGCACAAAAUUUGCCGAUUGUAUCAAAGACUUCUGGACAGAGUAAUUCACAAUUAGCUCCUGGUGAAGGGAAAUACUACAGCGACAUUUGGGCUGAAUUGAGUAAAUCGGAUUCCCUCGAAGUCAGCACCAGUCACACCACUGGAAAGAAUUUGCGAUGCAUAGCAGUGAUGACUUUCAAGGAAGUUAAAUGUAUGGCUGAUGAUGAUAUAUCAGAUCGGUUGGAUAACCAAAUAGACUUAGGCAGGUACGAGGCCUCAAUGCAACCAAAAAGGCCUAUUUUAAUAAGUCCCUCUAGUAUUCUUGUUAAACCACCACUUCUACUUAACUCAAGCUCCCUUACUGCCACACAAUUUCCCAAAUCUAUUACAGCGAAUACAGCGCAAAUGUGCAACACAUUUAAAAACAUGGCUCGGUCUUUGGCGCCGGAAGGCACUGAUGAGGAGACAUCAGUAGAACAGCAGACGAUGGUUGUAAAAGAAGACAUUUUGCAAUGCUUUGUUCACAGAAUACUAAACAACUUCAGCACUUACACGCAAACGAUGUACCCCGCUAUGAAGCACAAUUCCUCCAUUACUUGUACUGAAAUCAUUUGCACAAAUGCAGUGAGCCGGUUGGAGAAUGGUAUAAGACCCGCUCGAAUCGAUACAAUGCGUCAAACUGACUACGAUUAUCUAUUUCAUGUUGAUUCGCCAAAACCUUAUGCAUCGUGCGCGAUUCAAACUCGUAUCAGCGUGGAAAUUUCGAAGGGACUAUUUAAGGAUGGGAAGUCUUAUCAUCGAGUGAGUAACAUCCCUUCCCUAGUCCCUCUUAAACGGCAGUCAACUUCAGGUGCCAUUGACCAGACAGUUCGGUUUGCAGCGGGUGUAUCUCAAGACCGCCUUCAUCGACUUACUCAAUUUCUAUAUUCUGACAAACGAAGCGUCUCAACAAUGACUGUUUUGGAAGUAAAACGUGCUUAUAUAGGUAAAGCAGAAAUGUCAUUUAUACCACUCUUGAAUUUCGCCUCAGAUAUGGAACUUGUUUCAGGUUUGCACGUAAGACUAGCACAGACUUCUGGAACCCUUUUAUCCCGGGCCACACAGUUGCUUACCAUAAUGGAACCACUUCCAUUGCUGCCAACUGAGCAACAGACGGCAACAGACGGAUAUCGCCCGCGAAACAUGGAGGAAAUCUGCACCGCGUCUAGGCUGAGUCUGGUCUCGAAACCUAGUAGUUCUCUAGCAUCAUUGUUAGAUGGAUCUAAUAUUACACGAGGUCCUUCGAUCAGCCAUGCAAACAGCUCAACUCAAACAAUAAAAUGUUUGUCCGAGGUCAGUCUACUCCAUGACUUUGCUCCAACAAGUGGAACAAAGACCAUUAGUCAUAGUCCUUGGUCAACCACUAAAUACUCACUUAUACAAACAACUAAAAUCAAAACCCGUAGAGUCAAAGCUGUGCAAACUUCUCACUCCGUUAAGUCGCCCUUCCAUUCCUCAGUGAAGAGGUUUGAAAGUAAUGACUACGCAGCACUCAUGCGACCUCAUCUACCACUAAUACGAACCGAUGAAGAAAGUAAUCUUAUUGACGAUCAGGUUGUAGAACUUUUACAUGGUUCCCUUACCUCAAGUCCACCGAAACAAAAAAUUAUUCAACAGGAUGAUGAGGUCCAAGUGGAUAUUUGCAUUACUGCCUGGCUCAAAGACUACGUUCAGAGGAUUGGUCAUGAAUCGAGCGAAUGUGUCACUACCUUGAAGGCUAAACAGUUUCAAUGUCCACUAUUCCAAAGAAAAUACGACUUCGAUGGUUUCAAACAAUUUUAUAACCAUUCUUGUCAAACCACUUUCUACCUCAGUAACUUGAAAAAGACAGACAAUCGCAAAGAACGCCAUGUUUACAAGACAAAUAAAAUAUACAAAACGAGCCAAGUUCAAGUUAUUUCAACUUAUCAUAUGGAAGAAAGAGAGAAUCGGUCCCAGGAAUGUGUAAAAGUUGAAAAGGAACUCAUUCAAAUUGGGAAUGACUCACAGCAGCUUUCUGAUUCGGGAUUCUCAUGGAUAAUGGAAAAACCUUUUAGGAUUCCUGACAGAAGAGUACUACACGUCUUCCGUCUUCGGGUGCGUAUUCUGGAAUACGAGCUAUGCGACGACUUCAAAUGCCUCCUUUCACCGAGAUGGCAGAAAAUUAUCGAAGUGGCAAAUCAAAAAACCGGAAUCUUUACACCAAUGGCUAUCGCUUUACAUAGAAAAUGGGUGCGUAUGAGUAAUCAACAGCCGUACUACGUAGAUUCAAUCAGAGGGAAGAAUUUGCCAUUCGAAGAAGCUUUCUCUCUCGGUUAUGUUCGAUUGGCCUCCUUACCAAAUCUUCUGGAUUCCCGUAGUCCUCUAAUCUUUAUUGAAAGGGAAUCUUUCGGGUGGCAUUUGGUUCGUGGCUAUGCCUAUGCAAGGAGGGUCGAUGGCACUAAAAUGGAUUUUAGUGAGGCCUGGCGUACCGGUUACAUUCGCGCAACUGACAAUGGUACCCGAGUCACCGUAUGGGAUGAUCACCUCUCUAUGUGGAUUCCUGCUGAAGAGGCAGUGGCAAAGAAUGUGCUUCUUGUCUCAAUGAAUAGGGAGUUUAAAGUGUGUAAGGUUAGGAGGAAACUGUUUAGAGUGUCAGCAAUUCAGCCUGGAGGUAUGCAAAGCCAAUGGCUUAAUCCGCUGGAGGCACUAACCUACGGUGUGUUCGCAUGGCAGGAGGGAAAUGUGGCAGACAUGUGGCUUGCUCAACCUCAAAUUACACGACCUACACUUAGUGAGGCUAUCUUCGUGCCUCCAACACAAGAAUUUAUGCCUCUUAGUUGGAAGUGUUUCUAUGAUGCCUGGAAGGAGGGUUGGAUACAGCUAACUCAGGAACCCAAUGCAGACAUGGUCUCGGUGACGGACUUCGACAAUCGACGAGUAGUUAAGGCAUUCAUGAAUCUGGUGGUGGAUCCCUUUGAAUACUCUAACAGGUCACUUCCAGAGCACCUAUCACUCGAGCGUCCUCAGUCAGAAACACUGCUACCAACUACCGUGAGGAAAGCAGAGUGGAAAGGUGCGAUAUAUUCUCUUUCAGCAUGGUGA